AUGAGCACUUCGUCUCCUCCCACUCCGCCAUCAAGGGCCUUAAUAGAUGACGAACAGAGAUUCAAAACCAUUACAUUACCUUGUGAGUGGGUGGAGGAUUAUCGGCCAGGUGGUUAUCAUCCAGUCGUUCUCGGCGACGUCUUAAACCACCAGUACAAGGUCAUCCGGAAGCUUGGCGAGGGCUCCUACUCAACGGUUUGGCUCGCCCAUGACCUAAAUAACAGUCGAUAUGUCGCCCUAAAGAUACUUGUGUCGGAAAUCUCGGAAUCAACAACUGAGCUACGAAUAUUACGCCAUAUCAUCGAAUACGCACUAGAAGAAGGGUCCCGAUAUAUCACGCGAUUACUAGACGACUUCGAACACCGCGGACCCAAUGGCCUCCACAAGUGCCUAGUACUUGAGCCUAUGGGCCCGAGUGUUAAUACGAUGGUCGAGGAGCUGCCGCAGUUUAAACCUCGUAGGCGAGGAAUGAAGAUUCGCUAUCCGCUUCAGAUGGCAAAGAGUAUCCUUAAGCAAUCCUUACAGGCUCUUGCAUUUCUAUAUGAAAAUGGUAUUGCCCAUGGAGACUUCCAGCCGGGAAACAUACUCUUUCCUCUUAUCGAUGUCGACUCCACCCCUGAGGAAUUGCUCCUACAAGAGGAAGAUGUGCAAUCCCGGUCGAUCUCGCCUCCGGUACAGAGGCUAGAUGGUAAACAAGAUAAAUGGGCGCCUCAAUAUCUUUGCGUUGCGCAGCCACUGGUGCACUUUACUUGCUACGCCGAAGGGUUUAAGGUCAAAUUAUCCGAUAUGGGCGGUGGUCAGUCCCUCUAUUCCUUUUUCUUGACGAAUAUUAAUACUCACACCUCAAUUCCCUGGACAGCUUAUUUCUUUACCGACCCACCAACAAAGCCCGUUACUCCACUCGGUCUUCGAGCUCCCGAGUUGAUUCUUACCGGAGCUGUCAACAAUACCGUUGAUAUCUGGAGCUUCGGUUGCCUUAUUUUUGAGCUAAUUACCGGACAGCCACUCUUCUGUGUACCAUGUUCCGAGAUGGAAGAUGACGAUCAUCUUCUCUCCCUCACUGCCCAGCUCGGUGCCCUCCCCGACGAGUUAUUCAGGCAUUGGACAACCUCGUCGCUCUACUUCACGCCCGAGAGGAAGCUCUUUAAUUCUCAGCUUGGAGGAGUCGCUCCCGGGGAGGAACCGCUUAUAGUGGAGCAGACGUCCAUGGAAGAGUGCUUCGACCGGGCAGGCCCGGAUCUCGAUGAGGAGGAAGCUAACAAAGUGAAAGCGCUUAUUCGAUGGAUUUUGCAAUAUGACCCCGGGAAGAGACCUUCGCCUACGAAAAUCUUAUCAGAUCCAUGGUUUUGCGAGAUUGACGUUGAGGACGACCCAUCUAAGUAG